UCGAACCGUGGCCAACAGUUCCAGCGGACCGCGUGGACCCGUGAGCUCAGGAGCCUCAGACGCCUCCGGAGAGCCAAGCUGGUGUCCGAGGUGGCGCCUCCAGGGUCCACCCUGCUGCCCAACAGCCCCGCGGCCACCAGAGGGCCGUCCCUGGCCCGGCUGUGUGCCCUGGUGGACCUGUGUCUGGGCUGCUCCCGCUGCACCCAGCGGCUCAAUGAAAGCACCUACGUCCUCCGUAGGGUGGAGCAUGACUGCUCCCGCGAGAUCCUGCUGGCCCGCUUUAAGCAGGCCGCCAAGAGCAAGGUCUGGCGUGUGGUGGGCUGCCGGCCCACCUUCCCAAGGCCCCUGUGCUACCAAGUCUGCCACUACUACAGCCCUGGGCUCGGCUGCCGGCGCCACCGAAACCGGUGCACCUUUGCCCGCAGUCGCGAGGAGGCCCUGGUCUGGACCUUCGAGCGUCAGCACAACCUCCAGCGCCUAUGGCUGAAGGCGGAGGUGCAGGGCAACGGGGCCCAGGGAGGGGUAGGCCGGGCGGCCGACGCCAUCCUUACGGAGUUUGGCGGCCGCUUCGAGCUGCUUUGCUCCCUCUGCUUCAGGCGCUGUCCCCCACGCAUCUGUCGCGUGGACCCCCAGGGGCAGUGCCCUGAGCAUGGAACCUGCCCCUCCCUCCUGGCCCACGUGAGCGCCGAGGGCCGCCGCAAGCAACAGUUUGUGGCGGUGAGGCCGCAGCCCCGGGCUGGCCAGCCUCCUGCCUACUGCAGGUUUGUGGGGCGUGGGCAGCCGUGCUGGCGUGGGGAGUCCCGCUGCCAGUUCGCACACAGCGCCGUGGAGAUGGCUGUGUGGGAGGCCGAGCAGCUGGGUGGCCUCCAGCGGGGGGACCUGCUCACACCCCCUGCCCCUGAUGGCGACGGGCGCACGGCCCCCCUUGGCCAGCCCCCUGGGGCCCAGCUGUACUGCCCGGCCUGCUUGGUCACCUGCCACUCUCAGGAGGCCUUCGAGAACCACUGCGCAUCCUCGGAGCACGCACAGAUGGUGGCCUUCGACCAGGCCCUGCCCUGGGAGCACCGUUCCCCACCCCCGGGACUCUCCAAGUUCGAGCUCUGCCCAAAGCCUGACCUCUGUGAGUAUGGGGACGCCUGCACCAAGGCACACUCAGCACGGGAGCUGCAGGAGUGGGUCUGGCGCACGCAGGCUGUGGAGCUGCGGGGGCAGGCGGCCUGGCAGGACGGGCUGGUGCCCUACCAGGAGCGGCUGCUGGCUGAGUACCAGCGCAGCAGCAGUGAGGUCCUUGUGCUGGCAGAGACCCUUGAUGGAGUGCGUGUCACCUGCAACCAGCCCCUGAUGUACCAGGCCCAGGAGAGGAAGACCCAGUACAGCUGGACGUUUGCCGUCCACUCUGAGGAGCCCCUGCUACAUGUGGCCCUGCUGAAGCAGGAGCCAGGAGCCGACUUCUCUCUGGUGGCUCCCGGCCUCCCGCCAGGCCGGCUCUACGCACGGGGUGAGCGCUUCCGUAUGCCCAGCUCCGCUGCCGACUUCCAGGUGGGAGUGCGUGUGCAGGCCGCCUCGUUCGGCACCUUUGAGCAAUGGGUGGUCUUCGACUUUGGCCGCCGGCCGGUGCUGCUACAAAAGCUGGGGCUGCAGCUGGGCCAGGGGCGUCGCCCAGGACCCUGCAGGAAUCUGGCGCUCGGCCACCCUGAGGAGAUGGAGCGCUGGCACACUGGCAACCGCCACGUGGUGCCUGGCGUGGAGCGGACGGCCGAGCAGACGGCCCUGAUGGCCAAGUACAAGGGCCCUGCCCUGGCCCUGGAGUUCAACCGCAGCGGCCUGGCCUCGGGCCCCAUCUCGCCAACCAACUAUCGGCAGAGGAUGCACCAGUUUCUCUAUGAGGAGGAGGCGGCUCAGCAGCAGCUGGUGGCCAAGCUGACCCUGCGGGGCCAGGUGUUCCUGAAGACGGCAUUGCAGACGCCAGCGCUGAACAUGCUCUUCGCGCCUCCGGGAGCGCUGUACGCAGAGGUCCCCGUCCCCUCCUCCCUGAUGCCAGACACAGACCAGGGCUUCCUGCUGGGCCGGGCGGUCAGCACGGCCCUGGUGGCCCCUGUACCCGCACCCGACAAUACGGUGUUCGAGGUGCGGCUGGAGAGGCGGGCCAGCUCGGAGCAGGCGCUGUGGCUGCUGCUUCCGGCCCGCUGCUGCUUGGCCCUGGGGCUGCAGCCUGAGGCCCGCCUGGUCCUGGAGGUGCAGUUCCAGAUUGACCCGAUGACCUUCCGCCUCUGGCACCAGGCAGUGGACACACUGCCUGAGGAGCAGCUGGUGGUGCCUGACUUGCCCACCUGCGCCCUGCCCAGACCUUGGUCUGUCCCACCCUUGCGGCGUGGCAACCGCAAGCAGGAGCUGGCCAUGGCGCUCAUUGCGGGCUGGGGCCCUGGGGAUGGGAGGCGUGUCCCCCCGCUACUCAUCUAUGGCCCCUUUGGCACCGGCAAGACCUACACGCUGGCCAUGGCCUCCCUGGAGGUCAUCCGGAGGCCUGAAACCAAGGUGCUCAUCUGCACACACACCAACAGCGCUGCCGACAUCUACAUCCGGGAGUAUUUCCACAGCCACGUCAGCGGCGGCCACCCCGAGGCCACUCCUCUCCGUGUGAUGUACACGGACCGGCCACUGAGCCAGACGGACCCGGUCACGCUGCAGUACUGUUGCCUGACCGACGACCGCCAGGCUUUCCGCCCGCCCACACGGGCAGAGCUGGCACGGCACCGCGUGGUGGUCACCACCACCUCCCAGGCCCGUGAGCUCAGGGUGCCGGUCGGCUUCUUCUCCCACAUUCUCAUCGACGAGGCGGCCCAGAUGCUGGAGUGCGAGGCCCUCACCCCGCUGGCCUACGCCUCGCACGGCACCCGCCUCGUGCUGGCGGGCGACCACAUGCAGGUCACACCCCGGCUGUUCAGUGUGGCCAGGGCCCGGGCGGCCGAGCACACGCUGCUGCACCGCCUCUUCCUGUGCUACCAGCAGGAGACGCACGAGGUGGCGCAGCAGAGCCGCCUGGUCUUCCACGAGAACUACCGCUGCACGGACGCCAUCGUCAGCUUCAUCUCGCGGCACUUCUACGUGGCCAAGGGCAACCCCAUCCAUGCCAGGGGCAAGGUUCCGCCCCACCCCCGGCACUACCCGCUCAUGUUCUGCCACGUGGCAGGCAACCCAGACCGGGACAUGUCCAUGGCGUCCUGGCUGAAUCUGGCUGAGAUUGCGCAGGCCGUCGAGAAGGUGCAGGAGGCCUACAACACCUGGCCCGGCUGCUGGGGCAGCCGCGAGCAGAGGUGCAUCUGCGUCGUUUCCCAUGGUGCCCAGGUCAGUGCGCUAAGGCAGGAGCUGAGGAGGCGGGACCUAGGCCAGGUGUCUGUCGGCAGUUUUGAGAUCCUGCCAGGGCGGCAGUUCCGGGUCGUGGUGCUCAGCACCGUGCACACCUGCCAGAGCCUGCUCAGCCCUGGGGCACUGGCCCCUGAGUUCUUCACCGACGCCCGCGUGCUCAACACCGUCCUGACCCGUGCCCAGUCCCAGCUGGUGGUAGUGGGGGACGCCGUGGCCCUCUGCUCCUUCGGGGCCUGCGGCAAGCUCUGGGAGAGCUUCAUCCGUGAGUGCGUGGAGCGGCACAGCGUCUGCCCCGAGGGCCUGUCCAUGGAGCAGGUCGAGCAGGCUGUGGCGCAGAGACGGCGCUGGCCCCCCCGAGGCACACAGGCUGGGGCAGCGGGGAACUGGGAGGCUGCCCCAGAGCCAGCAGGGGACCUGGCCGAGGAGCCGGCGGCUGUGGUGACGGCCACGGUGAAGGCAGAGCCGGGAGAUGAGGCUCUGAGCCCAGCAUCCCGUGACAUCACGGCAACCACAGCGCAGACGGAGGCUGCGGCAGCACCAGCAGGAGACGCAGUGAAGGAGGACGUGGUGCCCAGGGCCUGUGCGGCAGGAGCAGCUGCUGCAGUGGGCGUGGAGUCCACGGAGGCUGAGGAUGCAGAGGCUGACUUCUGGCCGUGGGACGGGGAGCUCAACGCUGACGACGCCAUCCUACGGGAGCUUCUGGACGAGAGCCAGAAGGUGAUGGUGACCGUCGGGGAGGACGGGCUGCUGGACACCGUCGCCAGGCCCGAGUCCCUGCAGCAGGCCCGGCUGUACGAGAACCUGCCCCCAGCUGCGCUACGGAAGCUGCUGCGCGCGGAGCCUGAGCGGUACCGCCACUGCACUUUCGUGCCAGAGACCUUCGAGCGGGCGUCAGCCAUCCCGCUGGACGAUGCCUCCUCGGGCCCCAUCCAGGUCAGGGGCCGCCUGGACUGUGGGAUGGCCUUCGCCGGGGAUGAGGUGCUGGUGCAGCUCCUUUCGGGAGACAAGGCGCCCGAGGGGCGGCUUCGGGGCCGCGUGCUGGGCGUGCUGAAGAGGAAGAGGCACGAGCUGGCAUUUGUGUGCCGCAGGGACACGUGGGACCCGCGCAUCAUGGUCCCCAUCAAUGGCUCCGUGACCAAGAUCUUUGUGGCUGAGCUGAAGGACCCAUCGCAGGUCCCCGUCUACAGCCUCCGGAAGGGCCGGCUGCAGCGUGUGGGGCUUGAGAGGCUCACGGCCGAGGCCCGGCACAGCCGGCUCUUCUGGGUCCAAAUCGUCCUGUGGCGGCAAGGCUUCUACUACCCGCUGGGCAUCGUCCGGGAGGUGCUGCCUGAGGCCAGCACCUGGGAGCAGGGCCUCCGCAUCCUCGGCCUGGAGUACAGCUUGAGGGUGCCCCCGUCGGACCAGGCCACCAUCACCAAGGUGCUGCAGAAAUACCACACGGAGCUUGGCCGGGUUGCCGGCCGCCGAGAGGACUGCCGCGCCUUCUUGACCUUCACUGUGGACCCCCAGGGCGCCUGCAACCUCGAUGAUGCCCUCAGUGUCCGAGACCUGGGUCCCAGGUGUGAGGUGGCUGUGCACAUCACUGAUGUGGCCAGCUUCGUGCCCAGGGACGGGGUGCUGGACGUGGAGGCGCGAAGGCAGGGCGCUGCGUUCUAUGCCCCCGGCAGGGAGCCAGUGCCCAUGCUGCCGGCCAGCCUCUGCCAGGACGUCCUCAGCCUCCUGCCUGGCCGGGACCGCCUGGCCAUCUCCCUGUUCCUCACCAUGGAGAAGGCCAGUGGCCAGCUGAAGAGCCUGCGCUUUGCACCCUCCGUGGUCCAGUCUGACCGCCAGCUGUCCUACGAGGAGGCGGAGGAGGUGAUCAGGCAGCACCCGGGUGCCGGCCGUGAGCUGCCGGCCCGCCUGGACUCCGUGGACGCCUGCGUCGUGGCCGCGUGCUACUUCUCUCGGCUGCUGCGCCGGCACCGCCUGCGGUCCGACUGCUUCUAUGAGCAGCCGGACGAGGACAGCACCCUGGGCUUCCGCGCGGCCCACAUCAUGGUGAAGGAGUACAUGAUUCAGUUUAACAGGCUCGUGGCUGAGUUCCUGGUGGGCAGCGAGUGCACGCGGACGGUCACGCCUCUGCGGUGGCAGCCAGCACCCCGCAGCCAGCAGCUCAAGGCCCUGUGUGAGAAGCAUGGGGACCGGGUGCCCCUGUCACUGCACCUCGGCCACCACCUGCACGGCGGCGGGGGCAGUCCCCCUGACACCCGGCUGCACCUCCUGGCCUCCCUCUGGAAGCAGGUCCAGUUUGCUGCCUGCACCCAGGACUAUGAACAGAUGGUGGACUUGGUCACCACGGACGACAUGCACCCAUUCCUGGCUCCUGCAGGCCGCGACCUCCGCAAGGCCCUGGAGCGCUCGGCGUUCGGCCGCUGCACCCGGGGCCACCAGCAGCAGGGCGGCCACUACUCGCUGCAGGUGGACUGGUACACGUGGGCCACCUCGCCCAUCCGCAGGUACCUGGACGUGGUGUUGCAGCGGCAGAUCCUGCUGGCGCUGGGCCAUGGGGGCUCCGCCUACUCUGCCAGGGACAUCGAUGGGCUCUGCCAGGCCUUCAGCCUCCAGCACGCACUUGCCCAGAGCUAUCAGCGGCGGGCGCGCAGCCUGCACCUGGCCGUGCAGCUCAAGGCCCAGCCUCUGGACAAGCUGGGCUUCGUGGUGGACGUGGAGGCAGGCUCCCGCUGCUUCCGGCUGCUCUUCCCCAGCAACCGGGAGACGCUGCCUGACCCCUGCCCUGUCCCCUACGGCUCCCUGCAGCUGGCCGAGCACCCCCACGCCCUGGCAGGCCGGCCGGGCCUGCAGCUCCUGUGGCGGCGCCGUGUCUACUCAGUGCAGGGAUCCAGCCCGCCCCUGCCACUGCCUGGCACUGUGCCGGACCCACACACCUGGGCCGUGGAGACGGCCCUGUGGAAGCAGCUGCUGGAGCUGGUGGAGCUGCAGCGCUGGCCGGAGGCGGCUGCUCUCAUCCAGGAGAAGGGUGAGGCGUCCCAGCGGCGGGAGCUGGUGCAGGUGCAGCGGAGCCGCUGUGGCCAUUUCCUGGAGGUGGCCCGGGAGCUGGGCAGCGGGGACACCCUGCAGGUGCAGCUCGGCGCCAGCCUGCAGCACGGCUUCCUGGUACCGAGCCCUCAGCUCUGGACGGUGGCACCGGGCUUCAGCCUCUGCCUGGAGCACGUGGAGCGGCCUGGAGACUGCUUCUCGGGCCGUGUGUACCGGGCCCCGCGGGACCGGUACCGCGACGUGGAUGAGUAUGCUUGCGUGUGGGAACCAUUCUGCGCCCUGGAGUCGGCCACCGGCGCGGUUGCCGAGAAUGACUCUGUCACACUUCAGCACCUGAGUGUCUCCUGGGAGGCGUCACGGACGCCGCAGGGGCAGCUGCAGGGCGCCUUCCGCCUGGAGGCCGCCUUCCUUGAGGAGAACUGUGCCGACAUCAACUUCAGCUGCUGCUACCUCUGCAUCCGGCUCGAGGGGCUGCCGGCUCCCACGGCCAGCCCACGCCCUGGGCCCAGCAGCCUCGACCCUGGCCUGAAUGUUGACCCCGGCACAUAUACCUGGGUGGCCCACGGGCAGACGGAGGACUGGGACCAGGAGCGCCGGGCAGACCGGCAGGAGGCUCCCAGACGGGUGCACCUCUUCGUCCACCACAUGGGCAUGGAGAAGGUUCCGGAAGAGGUGCUGAGGCCGGGCACCCUGUUCACCGUUGAGCUGCUGCCCAAGCAGCUUCCUGAUCUCCGCAAGGAGGAAGCCGUGCGUGGACUAGAGGAGGCGUCCCCGCUGGUCACCAGCAUCGCACUGGGCCGGCCUGUCCCGCAGCCCCUCUGCAGAGGUAGGUCUGCCCCACCCCUCCAGCUUCCCCUCUGGCCCCCAGCCCCACCCUGCAUGAGUGCUCAGGGAGGCCGCCCCCUCUCAGUGAUCCCCAGCAGGUUCCUGGAGCGGCAGACCUACGACAUCCCCGGAGGCCGCCACAAGCUGAACCCCAGCCAGAAUGUGGCGGUCAGGGAGGCUCUGGAGAAGCCUUUCACGGUCAUUCAGGGCCCACCAGGUACAGGGAAGACGAUCGUGGGCCUCCACAUCGUAUUCUGGUUUCAUAAAUCAAACCAGGAGCAGGUGCAGCCCGGAGGCCCCCCCCGUGGGGAGAAGCGGCUGGGGGGUCCCUGCAUCUUGUACUGCGGCCCCUCCAACAAGUCGGUGGAUGUCCUGGCAGGACUGCUCCUGAGAAGGAUGGAGCUGAAGCCCCUCCGUGUGUACAGCGAGCAGGCUGAGGCCAGCGAGUUCCCAGUGCCGCGUGUGGGCAGCAGGAAGCUGCUCAGGAAGAGCCCCCGGGAGGGGAGGCCGAACCAGAGCCUCAGGAGCAUCACCCUGCACCACCGGAUCCGGCAGGCCCCCAACCCGUACUCGUCGGAAAUCAAGGCCUUUGACACCCGGCUGCAGAGAGGGGAGCUCUUCUCCAGGGAGGACCUGGUCUCGUACAAGAAGGUCUUGUGGGAGGCUCGGAAGUUCGAGCUGGACCGGCAUGAGGUCAUCCUCUGCACCUGCUCCUGCGCAGCCUCUGCCAGCCUCAAAAUCCUGGACGUGAGGCAGAUCCUUGUUGACGAGGCAGGCAUGGCCACGGAACCUGAAACCCUCAUCCCCCUGGUGCAGUUCCCACAGGCCGAGAAGGUGGUUCUUCUCGGAGACCACAAGCAGCUGCGGCCUGUGGUCAAGAAUGAGCGGCUGCAAAACCUGGGUCUGGACCGGUCUCUGUUCGAGCGGUACCACGAGGACGCACAUAUGCUGGACACUCAGUACCGCAUGCACGAGGGCAUCUGUGCCUUCCCCUCUGUGGCGUUCUACAAGAGCAGGCUGAAGACGUGGCAGGGCCUGAGGAGGCCGCCCAGUGUCCUGGGCCACGCUGGCAAGGAGAGCUGCCCUGUCAUCUUUGGCCACAUGCAGGGCCAUGAGCGGAGCCUGCUGGUGUCCACGGACGAAGGGAAUGAGAACUCCAAGGCCAACCUGGAGGAGGUGGCUGAGGUGGUCCGUAUCACCAAGCAGCUGACCCUGGGGAGGACCGUAGAGCCCCAGGACAUCGCCGUCCUCACGCCCUACAACGCGCAGGCCUCUGAGAUCAGCAAGGCCCUUCGGCGAGAGGGCAUCGCCGGGGUGGCCGUGUCCUCCAUCACCAAGAGCCAGGGGAGCGAGUGGCGCUAUGUGCUGGUGAGCACUGUCCGCACCUGUGCCAAGAGCGACCUGGACCAGCGGCCCACCAAGAGCUGGCUCAAGAAGUUUCUGGGCUUCGUUGUGGACCCCAACCAAGUGAACGUGGCUGUCACGCGGGCCCAGGAGGGGCUCUGCCUGAUCGGAGACCACCUCCUUCUGCGCUGCUGCCCGCUCUGGCGUAGCCUCCUGGACUUCUGUGAGGCUCAGCAGACCCUCGUGCCUGCCGGCCAGGUGCGCGUCUGCAGGAGGCCAACUAUGCCUUCCUGAAGAGCCCUCUCCACCUGCAAGGUGCCAGGACUGGGAGGGAAAGUCCAGGGCCCCCCCACCCUCCCCACCACCCUCUGCCAUCAGCCUGCCUGGGCCAGCCUGCCUCCUGGCCUCAGGAUCUCCCUGGGGCAGGAAGUGGGUGGACUUGGAGAAGGAACGGCAAGGGCCGGUCCCCACACUCUUGCUUCCCCUGGGCAUCUGGGGACAGGAACACCUCUCAGGGUGGCCAAGAGGGGCUUCCUUGGGACCAGUGCAAGGAAGUUCUGCUGUCCCUGGGAAGUCUCAGAACCAGGAAGGAAACCCUGUGGAGGCUGCCCUUUGACCUUUGGAUGCCACCUGUAAUCACUCUGGAUGGCGUCUGUGGAGUUCAGGUUUAUUUUCUAUUUAAAUGAACUAAAAGCCAGCAUCCUGCCGGGCGCGGUGGCUCACGCCCAUAAUCCAGCACUUUGGGAAGCUGAGGCGGGCAGAUCACCUGAGGUCAGGAGUUCGAGACCAUCCUGGCCAACAUGGUGAAACCCCGUCUCCACUAAAAAUACAAAAUUAGCUGGGCGUGGUGGCGGGCGCCUGUAAUCCCAGCUACUUGGGAGGCUGAGGCAGGGUAUCACUUGACUCCAGGAGACGCAGACUGCAGUGAGCUCUGAUGGUAUCACUGCACUCCAGCCUGGGUGACAGAGCGAGACCCUGUCUUAAAAAAAAAAAAAAAAAAACCAGCAUCUGUUACUGGAACAGAGACCUCAGCCCUAGCUCAGGACAAGGAGGCCUCCCUGGGAGAGGGGGCCUUUCUCCCACCAUCACCGCCUGUGUCCUUCAGGGGCUGCUGGAGGGCAGCCCAAAGCCAGGGGCCUACCCCGCCCCACCCCACCCUCUGAAAUGUGAAAAGCCUGCACUCUUCCCGUGGGCUGCGCAGUGGGCUCGGGGGUUGGGGGGUGCCGGGGCGAUGCUUCCACCCUGGACUGAGUGUUCCGGGGCAGCCCGCUCGGCUGUAUGUUUCUCGCGUGCUUACCCGCUUCAGUGCGGCUCUGUCCCUGCUGCCUCCUCCAGUCCUGAGGGAGGGGCUUGCCCCACCUUCUACAUUCCAAUUUUUAUACCUUUGAAUUAUGUGAUUAGAUAUUAAUUUAAUGAUAAAACCACUCUGAAAGCUCUUCUCA